AUGGAAUCGACUGAAGAUCAAGAACAAGGAUUAGUACAUAAUGAAAAGGUUCUUAAUGAAAUUUUAGAAAAGAGCAUCCGUAACAAGUUCAAGUACCUAAUAGACUUAUUCAAAUUCACAAGUGAUCCACCAAUAUUUAUGAGAAUAAAAAGGGUACCUCAUAAAAUUUAUCUUGUAUUCAAUCUAUGACCAGAAUUGUUAACAAUUGUGUACCCUAAUAAACAGUUUUCAGGACUUAUGCCCGAUGUUAAACAGUUUUACAAAUCUAAACAAUCAAGGGUUAUUCACAUUGCUGGAAAUAUUAAGAACUACACAAUUGGUUGGCUAGAUAAUUGCUCCAAAAUCUUAUCUACAUGAUUCUUUUCAAUAACUGAAAAGGUAACUUUGGGAGAAUUUAUAAUCUCUGGCAGAUGCUUUAAGAAAACUCUCAUUUGAUGAUCUCAUGUGCAAACAAUUAAUUUCUUAAGAUGAGAAAUUGUAAACUCUGAUGUAUCAUUGCCUGAAGCUGUAAAAUUCAAGAUCCAAAACUUUUAAUUUUAAGAACUCAAACUAUAGAAUUUUCAGAAGAAAUGUCAAGCCUAUUAGUAUUGAUCAGAUCUGCAAAAUGAUCAGUACUUGAAGUCUUAAGAAAUCUCUACAAGAAGUCAAUAUCAGGGAUAACAGCUUUAAAAACUCAGAACUCAAGGAAGCAAUAAUCAACAAUUCUCUAGCCUCAAUAAUGUUCAAACAAGAAGGAUCAAAUCAUGAAUAUAACUGCUUCAUCGAUGAGUAUGGAAAUUUUAAUGAACAGAAGUUCUCUCUAAACAUCCUGGAAAAAGCUCAUAAGUAUUAAAAGGAGUUCCACUAACAUUUCAUUCAAUA